UGGCUGUGUGACCUUGGGCAAAUGCCUCCCACUCUCUGGGCUUCAAUCUCUCCCUUAGCAAAUAGAAUUCUUCCUCCUGCCCCUGGUCUUCCCCAGGUUGACCCAGUGCUCACGGAAGCUCAUAGCUAAGAGCUUCAUUUUCCAUUCAAAUUAGUUAUCACCAGCUCCAACCUGGCACAUUUUACACAGGGGAAGACUGAAGCCUUGAACGGGAAAGGGACUUACCCAAGGUCACACUGCUUGACCUGGGAAGUUCCCUUCUCUGUGUGGUGGCCACCUGGUUGAACUGAGGGAUCCUGAGUGGAGUCACCGUUUGAGGUUAAGUUCUGGGAGCCAGAGGUGUUUAGCCCACAGAAGACAACCAGGUCCCAUAUUCUCAGUACUCAGAGACCCAAGACAGCAACACAGAUUGGGAGCAGAAGGACCCCUGUAUUAUGUGCCACAGCUGAGGGCAGAAGCAGGAUCCAUGGUGGGGAUAAUUGCCAACAUUCACAACUGUCCCACCAGGAGCCCUGCUGCUUGGAGAGGGAAUGAGUCCCCUGUGCCUGGAAGUGUUCGAGCAGAAGCAGAGCACCAGGAACUUCCGCUGGGCAAAGGGAGAGUGAACCAGAUAAUCUCUAAGCUCCCAUCCCUCUGUAAGAGUCUGAGUGGAGGAGCAGCUCUUGACCCUACCUGGGUCAGGGCAAUGGGAGUUGGGGAGAGAUGAAUGGAACACCCUGAGGGCCGUGGGGCAGAGGAAGGAAUCAAAGAAGACUGAGGUGGAAAACUGCAGUUUUGAUACCUUACACCCUCCAGUUUAAGGGACACUGGAUUCUGCCUGCUUUGGGUCCACCAGGACCAUGAGCCCUCCAGUGGGUCAUGCCCCCACAACUAUCACUGCCGAGGAAGGGUAACUGGGAGCUCAGGCUCUGUCCCUGGGGCCCCGAUUUCUCAGGGUUCUUGCCCUUAUCUCUGUGUCUCUCUCAGAGCUCUCCCUGGAAUUUUCCCCGAUGUUUUUGUGAGCUAUUGUUGUCUAAGACACAUCUGAUGCUUGUGUUUCUUUCUCUAUGACUAUAUACAUCUCUUUCCAAACUACGUCUGUCUGUCCCUUGGCUGAUCUGGGCUCUGUCUCUCUCGUCUGUGUUUGCACGGCUCCUGUGUGUGUCUGAGUCUUGCUGGGUCCCUGUCUCUGGGUAUGUGACUCUCCUGCUCCUCCCCCUUCCUUCUCUUCAGCCCAGAAUCUUGUUCACUCUCCCUCUGGAUUUGUCCCUCGAUGACUCCUUCUCUCCAUCUCUGCCCUACCCCCACUCCCACGCCCCUGCGUUCUGCCCCCAGCUCUUCUUUACCUGGACUCUUUCUAAGCUGCUCUCCCGCCUCUGUCCACCCUCACCCCCACCCCCUGGCCCCCAUUGGCCAGAUCCAGGCUUCAGCAGGUUCUGUCUGUCUCCCGGGCAACGGCAUCAACAGAGGGGACAGAGGAGAGGGAGGCCAAGAAGGAGGCCGGGCCUGGUUAGGCCAUGGCCGGCCUCACUCGGCCCUCGCACUAUGGCCUCCUGGGCACCCCCGUCGAGGGUCCUGGAGGUCGGACGCCACCCCGGCCAGACUGGCGACGGCUCAGCAGCGGUGUGGGCGUGCCCCCUGGUCCAGGCAGCACCUUCCCCUUCCCCCCGCCUAACGUGCGGACCACGGUCCCCGAAAGCCUCCCCCCAGCAGCCGAGCACGACUCCCAUAUGCUGGACUUCGAUGAGGUCUUCAGUCGCUGGGAGACUUCGUCAGGCGCGGCUCACGGGCGCAAGACUCACGGGGAUGUGUACGCGCAGCCCGCCUACCCGCUCAUUCCCAGGGUCAAAAGGACGCUGGGGAUCAAGGACUUCGCAGAAAAGCUCCAGCUGCGGCCCUGUCGGUACCCCCUGACCAUGGCGUACCAGAAAAGUGAGACGCAGGAUAAGUAUCAAGGCUGGCCCAACCUGGGUCCCGAAACCAUCCGACGGUCAGGGCCCCAACCCUGGGAGCUAGCCGAUCACCACGCCCAGGGGCCCAGCCAGGCCAUGAUCCCUUCCAGCAAGAACUCCGCCCUCUCCGGGCAGCCCUUCUUCAUCCCGGAGCAGGGCGUGCUCCACCGCCACCAGCCCUAUCUGACCACCAGUGCCCGAGACUUCCGCCACUUCACCAGGAAGGAGCUGGCCAGCCACCCCCGAUACCAAACUGUCUGCGACCGGCCGCCGUUGAUGGUACUGGAGCCGCUGCGGCCCCUGCCUCGGGUGCCCCGCCUGGGCCAGGCCCAUCCGCGCGUCCCCCAUCGCGGGGCCGUGUCCCAAACCAAGGAGUCCUAUGGGACCCUCCAGCACCCGCUGCGCCUGAGUGACCGCUUCUGCCCGCUCGAGGCUCCUUGGGUGGGACCCCAAGUGCAGCCCGUGCUGGGCUUGCAGACCGUACCCCACGUCUACCGGACCGAAAACUCCCGCUACGGCAGCCCGAAGCCCGCCUUCGUCUGAACUCUGAGCUAACAGUGCUGCUGCUGCUGCUGCUGCUGCUGCAGGGAGGCUCUUGGGGAACCAGCCCCUUUCGCCCCCUGUGCAGACCCACUAAUGCCACUCUGGCUGCAGAGAUCGAUGCCUGCCCAGUAUGCGUCACCUUCAC